AUGACUGCUACUGACCAAGCAUACUCAGAACAACCAAAUGUAAUCAAAUUCAACGCUAAAAAAUGUGUUUUGAAUCAGGAUAAAAAUGAAUUGAUCACAAAUUAUACAUAUGAGACUGUUGAAAUUGAUGAAAAUAAUCAAAUCAAUUGUAAUGAUGUAAACUAUCAGUUCAAAGUUAAUCUAAACAAACCAAAUAAGUUGGGUAUUCUGUUAGUUGGUUUAGGUGGUAAUAAUGGGUCUACUUUAUAUUCUACAAUUAAAUGUUUACAAAAUAAUAUUGUUUUCAACAACGGUACUUUCAACGCUAAAAAAGUUCCUUUAUAUGGUUCAAUGACUCAAUGUUCCACGAUUAAAUUAGGUAUUGAUGCAAAGGGAAACGAUAUUUUUGUUCCCUUCAAAGAUAUUUUGCCAAUGGUGGACCCGGAAAGUUUUGUGGUUCAUGGCUGGGAUAUUAAUAAUGCAAAUAUGUUUGAAGCAAUCGAAAGAUCUCAAGUUCUCCAAUAUGAUUUAAUUCAAAAAUUAAAACCUUUCUUGGAAGAUACUACACCAAUGACUUCCCUUUAUUAUCCUGAUUUCAUCGCUUUGAAUCAAAAGGAUAGAGCUAAUAAUAUCUGUAAUCUAUUAAACGAACCAGAAAAAUGGCAGGACUUACAAAAGAUCAGAAAUGAUAUUAAAAAAUUUAAAACUAAUAAUCAAUUGGAUCAAUGUAUUGUCCUAUGGACUGCAAACACUGAAAGAUGUGUUGAUAUUAUCCCAGGUGUAAAUGAUACUGCUGAAAAUAUUAUUAAUUCAAUUAAGUCUAAUCAUCCAGAGAUUUCACCCUCAAAUAUUUUUGCAGUUGCCUCGAUAUUAGAAAACGUCCCAUACAUUAACGGUUCUCCACAGAAUACUUUUGUACCUGGGAUCAUCGAAUUAGCUGAAAAGAAAAAUUGUCUCAUUGCAGGUGACGAUUUUAAGACAGGUCAAACUAAACUAAAAUCUGUGAUGAUGCAAUUUUUGGUUGAUGCUGGUAUUAAGCCUGUCUCCAUUGCUUCAUAUAAUCAUCUAGGUAAUAAUGACGGUAAAAAUUUGUCAAGCCAAGCACAGUUCAGAUCUAAAGAAAUCUCUAAAUCCUCUGUUAUUGAUGAUUGUAUUGAAGCAAAUAAAAUAUUGUACCCACCUGAAGAAUUAAAGACAGGCAGAGACAAUCAUGUGGAUCAUUGUAUUGUCAUUAAAUAUCUACCCGCUGUUGGGGACUCUAAAGUCGCUAUGGAUGAAUAUUACAGUGAGUUGAUGUUAGGCGGUCACAAUAGAAUUUCUAUCCAUAAUGUGUGUGAAGAUUCCUUAUUAGCCACACCAAUUAUUAUUGAUUUGUUGGUAAUGACAGAGUUUUUUUCUCGUAUUAAAUAUAGAAAAUUAACGAAAGAUACACCAGAUGCUAUCGAUGGACCUGUUGAAUUUAAUGAUUUUUAUCCAAUAUUAACCUUCCUAUCCUACUGGUUGAAAGCACCACUUACUAGAACUGGAUUUAAACCAAUCAAUUCCUUGAAUAGACAAAGAUUAGCUUUGGAAAAUUUUCUAAGAUUAUUAAUCGGUUUACCAGCAAAUAACGAACUCAGAUUUGAAGAAAGAUUAAUGUAA